GUAGACAUUUAGAAGGAGCGACAAAAAUUAUCGCCUGUUAUUAUUCACAUAAUCGAUCACAAGGCGGACAAAAUACUACAUUCAAACAAAUGAAAAUUGAUUUUGCCGGUAAAACUAGAAAACGACGGACUGAUUCCCUAUACAUGUAUUAUAACAGGAACGAAUUUUAGAUUCUGGAUUAGAUUUUACAGGUACUAUGAAGAUUCAACAUUUUGAAAGACGGACAAACUUAAAUUUCGACAACGAAGUGAUAAAGCAAAUAGUUCUUAUGCAGUAAAUCAUGAACUUUUGAUCGCUGCCAGUUCUAAUGGGAUGUGACGUCAGCAAGUCAACAGACGUCAUUGAAACUGAAGAAAUUGAAAGUGAUACUUUCGAGUUCACAGACACACAGAUAGACACAAUACGAAGCACAUGGCCAAUAUUAGCGUGUGACAUGACAGACAUUGGCUCAAAGGUGUUUCUUAAAAUUUUUCUGGAGGAGCCGAAAUUGAAAUACAUUUUUUCUUCAUUCAGUGACAUGGAAGAAAACGAAUUAGUGCAUCAUCCACUUUUCAUCGAUCACGUGACCCGAUUUAUGCAAAUCAUCGACUAUUUAGUGGAAAACCUCGACCAAGAAAAAUCUGACUUUGAACAAGCUUUGCUAAUGCUGGGUGCCAAACAUGCGACAUUUCCAGGUUUUCAAGUAUCUUAUUUAAAUCUUUUUACGAAAGCUCUCCUUGAGGUAUGGGAGAGCGCAAUUGGCGAAGAGUUCAUACCGGAAGUGCAACAGUGCUGGGCACAGCUUUUUACCUACAUUAUGCGAUACAUUGUGCAAGGCUACGAACUUUACUUCAGUGAGUGCCAAGAUGAUAUUGUGGAUGAAAAAUCUUAAUUAAAACUUCUUUUUACUCUUUAUCUGACUAUAUCACAUUUAAUAAAAUAUGAUAAUUUACAAUCAUGUGUCGAACAGCGAGAAUGUUAAAUAAUGUACAAAUAAAAUGUAUGCACAAACUUCA